AUGGGGACUUCACCGAAUGCUGCCUCUACCAGGGGUGAUACCAAGUCACCCAAACAGUCCAACAAUGCCACUCCGCCACGCCAAGAUUCCAUCCCCGAAGUGAAGCAACCCGACCCGAGCUUGAAGCCCGAUGCUGACGGCGCGAAACCUCUCGGUCCCCCUCCUCGACCUGGACAAGCCACUGGAAACACUCCCGAUUACUUCGGCGGCGGAGCCGCUGGAUCUCUCAGUCUGGAGCCCAAUCCCUUUGAGCAGUCUUUCGGCGGAGGCGCGCCAGAGACACCCGGUGGUACCAAGUUGCCAUCCGUUGCUGCUCUGACUUCGCCCUCUUCGCUGCUUCCCGGCAGCGGCGCAACUCCGUUCAACUGGGGAGGUGGUUCUUUGCGAACUGGUCCUCUAAGCCCGGCCAUGUUGUCGGGUCCGACGAGCGAUUACUUUAGCGACACGCAUCACCUUCGAGGCGGAUUCCCGACCCCGAACGAGUCUUCACUGAGGACUGGCUUGACCCCAGGUGGCAGCGGAUCUAUGUUCCCUGCCCCGAGCCCCAACUCUCAGCAACUGUUUGCCCAGCUCGCCAGUGGCGGUGCCACACCUAGCACGAUUGAUUUCCACCGCACUGCUUUGAGUGCUGCUGCGAAGCGUGAAACCCAGAACCAGAACCAAAACCAGAACCAGCAACAGCCACCCGUUACGUCGCAACCCCAGGAUAUUCCCAACGGCGCACCUGCUGUGAAGACCGAAGCAAAGCAAUUCGACCCGCACGAUAACGACGCGGCAAACGGCCUAUUUAUGCUUGCCCAGGGUAGAAACGGCGCCCAGGCUCCCUCAUACGCGACGACAACGCAGUCUCAGUCACAGUCACACUCCGCUCCUGCCCCCACACAGGGUAUCGAUACGUCUCCUCAGAUGAGCGUGAACGGCGCCGGCUCAGUAGGCGCUGGAUCUUCAGUUCGAGGUGUUAGCGAAGGCGGAAGCGCCAUGUCAGACGAGAGUGAGCAGGCCCGCCCCUCAGCCAGGGGGCCCCCUAGCAAGAAGUCCAAGCCGAACAACGCACCCCCUCCCGACAUGAACGGCGAUGAUAGCCACUCCGACGACGAUGAUAUGAAGCAUGAGAACGGAGAAGGCGGUUCUAAGUCCAAGAUGACAGAUGAAGAGAAGCGCAAGAACUUUUUGGAGCGUAACAGAGUUGCUGCCCUGAAAUGUCGACAGCGUAAGAAGCAAUGGCUGGCUAAUCUCCAGUCAAAGGUUGAGCUGUUCAGUAGUGAGAAUGAUGCUCUCACAGCUCAGAUUACGCAGUUGAGGGAGGAGGUUGUUAACCUCAAGACAUUACUCCUCGCCCACAAGGACUGUCCUGUCACGCAGCAACAGGGCCUUCACGGUGCUUUUAUGCAACAGGCGAUGGAACCCUUCAACCCACAGAUGAACCCGUACGGCAUGGCCGCUCCUAUUCCGAACCAGCAGGUGCUUGCGGCAGGACAGGGUGUGCAGCGGCGCUUUUCAUAA